AUGCUCAUUCCCGGGGCUGCCAUACCAAAUUCUUCAUUACCAACUCCAUCUAAGAACAAAUCCAUCACCUUGGGCCCUGGCUUGAGGCACAUUCCACCUUCGACGAUUCUUGCAACAAUAUCCGGCACGCUCGCUGUAGACUCUCGCAAAGCCGCAUUAUGGCUUGAGAAUACUCCAUCCUCCUCUGCUCGCUACCAGCCAGGUGUCGGUGACCUAGUCGUCGCACAGAUACAUCACUCCGGAGCCGGUGAUGUGUUUUACUGUUCAAUCACUCCUCACACACCACACGUCAUCCUUGGGCAAUUAUCUUUUGAAGGCGCCAGCAAGAAGACUCGUCCGAAGCUCGAGUCUGGAGAUCUCGUCUACGCUCGUGUGAAAAGCUGCGGUCGAGACGAUGAAUGCGAGAUUGAAUGUGUCAAUUCAAACACCGGCAAGGCAGAGGGCAUGGGACCUCUCAAGGGCGGCAUGGUGUUUGAUGUGACAACGGCAUUUGCGAGACGUCUCAUGAUGGGAAAGAAAGAGAAGAGCGGACUGAUCAUUCUGGAGACUAUCGGUGAGAAGACCAGAUUCGAAGUUGCGGUGGGCAGGAAUGGACGCGUAUGGGUCGACAGCGGGAGCAUUCAAGACACGUUAGGAAUUGGAAAAUGUCUCAUUGGAGCAGACGAGCUAGGAUGGACUCUGGAAGAACAAAAGGCCAUGAUCUCCAAAACAUUUGGUGGUUGA